CCCGGCUCCAGCUGAAAGUCAGUCAGAAGAUACACUGAUUACUGGGGGGAGACGAAGCAGCGCUUUAGCUUUCUUCACGCGAGUCUCUCCUCCCCGUGGAAGGCUUCGAUGGGUCUCAGCCUUCCUCUUCAUCCUUAUCGUAAUCGCCACGGUUCGGAAAUAAGGCUGAAGCUACCGAGAGGCUGCUGACAACAGCCUGCACGGCCCUGAUAAGAAGCGACAAGUUCUGUUCUCUUGUCUUGCGUGACUGAAAGAUAAAAUAUCUGUUCUGUUGACAGCUGGUAAGUGAAUACCCCCGCUUUAUAAAGCGUAGCUAGCUCUGUAAGCUGCUGCAUAGGCUGAGAGGAUCUUGUGGAUGGUGCCUGAACCCGUAGGACUGGGUACACUGAAAGUGCUUGUUACCGAGUUUGCCGGCGUUUCUGACGUGAGACAUCUCACCACGCCUCUUGCGCUAUUUCAGACGGAAAAGCUUCCAGCUAACCUCAUGUAGAGUCUAUGCAUGCUUCCAACCCGAAAACCUCCUUCAGGUCUACCAGUCAUGAAACGAAUUCUUCUGUUUUUUAUCCUGGCUGCUGCUGUUAUGUAUGGUAUACUGCAUGGAAAUCUGUGGAGAAAUAACCUCUACUGGAUUAGCUUUUAUGGACAGACUUCCUCUGUGAGGGCUCCUCCUUCCUAUGAGACUAGUGGAGUUACCCAGCUGCCACCUACGGCUGUGGAGAGAAGGAAUGCACUGGACAGUUGUGUACUGAAACCAGCAUUUGAAUCUUUACUGGGCAUUGACAAAAUAUACCCAUUCCUGUGCGCUAACGAUUUUAUCAGAGUGGCGGAGUUCCAUGGGAGCGAUAAGUUUGAACUACCUUAUGGAAUAAAGAGAGCAGAGCAAUUUUUUCGUUUAGCCCUUUCAAGACUGCAGAACUGUGGACUUUCCAAUGAAAAUGACAGCAUUGCCUGUCGACGGUGUGUUGUGGUUGGUAAUGGAGGAGUACUUCGAAAUAAGACAUUGGGGGAGAAAAUUGACUCGUAUGACGUGAUAAUAAGAAUGAAUAAUGGCCCUGUUAUAGGGUAUGAAGAGGAUGUUGGGAGGAGGACGACUUUCCGCCUUUCUUACCCGGAAUCCAUCUUCUCAGAUCCAAUCCACUACGACCCUAAUACAACUGUUGUUCUCAUCGUCUUCAAACCACGUGACUUGAAGUGGCUUUGGGAGAUACUAGGUGGUCAGAAAAUAAGUGCUAAAGGCUUUUGGAAGAAACCGGCUCUGAACAUGAUAUACAAAUCUAGUCAAAUUAGGAUUCUUGAUCCCAGCAUCACCAGAAAAGCGGCUUAUGAAUGGCUUCGCUUCCCAACAAGGUUUCCCAAGAAGGAGAAACCCAAGCAUCCAACAACGGGGCUAAUUGCCAUUACACUAGCAUUUCACAUUUGCCACGAAGUUCACAUGGCAGGCUUCAAGUACGACUUCACUGACAGAAACGGUUCUUUGCACUACUAUGGCAACGACACGAUGUCUCAGAUGAUGCAGAAUGAAUAUCACAACAUCGACGCUGAGCAGAAAUUUUUGAAGAAGCUUAUAGACAAGAACUUUGUGGUCAAUUUGACAUGAAAACUGAAUGGAAAAUAUGAAGAACAAUCGCUAUUUUCAAGAUUUGAAAAUUUUUUAUUUUUUGUACAACUUUUUUAUUUUUUAAGUGCAGCAAAACUGUCUACUGUUUAAAAAGAGCACAGAAACCUCAUCAAGGCAGAAGCUUCUUCUAAGCCUGAGGGUAAUGAACUAUUGCAAACAGAGUUAACUGAAUUUCUGUGAAGCUAUUUAAUAAUGGGAAAACCAUGGAACUUUCAGCUGAAAGUAUCAGGGAUAUAUAAAAAUGUGAUGCACAUCA